ACUGGCUAUUAAUUGCAACCCUGCUCGGCGCAAAUGCUAAAGAAGUUAGCUCACAAAAAAAACUGUCGAAAACCUCGCUAAACACAUUAAAAGAGUCUUAAAAUGGCCCACAAAAAGUGCUAGCAGCGACUGAAACUUCAGCCGAACGCGUAAAACGUGAAAAAAGUAGAUUUUUCAAUGCGAUUAUAAUCCUAUCAUACAACUAAGGAAUGUGACGCACCGCAAUAAAGAGCCAUAUUUUCUGAAGAGAAUCCAAGAAAUCGCUUAUAGAUGUUUUUAACAUUCUGAUAAGUAUCGACAGCAGAAUGAAUCCUGCCGAGCUGCGCAUGAUGUGGAUGAGUAGUCAGUACAACUCGGAGCGAAUUACACUAGAGGAUGCGGCCAAUCUUUUGGGUCAUUCCACUGUUGGACUCUCUGUCAUGGAGGACCUCUCCGCCCAUCAGCCCACUUUGGAAAUGAAUCCGAUGAUGAGCCUGAUGGGGGGGGAUUUCACUGGCCAGGCGGCGGCGGCCGCCGCAGCGCUGGGUGUUCAGCCGGGCACCCUGAUUGCCACCAACUCGAACAACCUGUACGGAUUCGCCCACAUGGGCGGUCUGCAGCAGCAACUGCUUCAGCAGUCGGCGGCGGCGGCUGCCUUCCAGAAUUAUGCCGAGGUUAUGGAUGCCGAUGUGGAUACCGGUAUGGUGGGCAUGGCCGCGCACGACGGAGCUCUGAUGGGCGUGGGUGUUGGCGAGGCGGUUGUCGACGAUGACGAGCAGGUGUACGGCCAAUUGGAUGAUGGCUACGACGAUGGCGGAACGGGGCUGGAGCCCAAGCAGGAGAUCAUCAACAUCGAUGACUUUGUGAUGAUGAACGAGGAUAAUAAUUCGUACGAUGGCACCGACUUUAUGACCUCCUCGGACAAGGACAUUUCGCAGUCCUCCUCCUCCUGCAUGACCCAGUUGCCCGGAGGCUUGGGUGUCUCCGGAGUCGAGCAUGAUCUGCUGGUCCCACUGGCCGAUGGCCUUCUACACCACAAACUGCUGGGCACGACUUUGGCCCCUGCGAUGGCCACUCUCAACGGCAAUGCCUUUGGCAACAUUAUGGUCAACACUGAAGCACCCUGUGCGAGCUCCAGCAAGCAAGUGCAGCGCACAUACAGCCUGGCCAAGGGUGCCAACGCCACCGCAACUACCGCCAGCUGCAGCGCCUCCACUUCCUCCUCAUUGCGUUCCCAGCGCAAGACGCGCAAGAUCGAACCCGUGAACAGGCCGGGACUGGUGCUAAAAACACCAAUCGCUUACAAGGGCAACAUUGACCCAUCGGUGAUUCCCAUACAGAAAGACGGCAUGGCUGUCUGUAAACGUUGUGGAGCCAUUGGAGUGAAGCACACCUUCUACACAAAAUCGAGGCGCUUUUGCAGCAUGGCCUGUGCCCGCGGGGAACUCUAUUCGUUGGUACUCAAUAGCAAGAUGGAGGGUGGCCAGCCAAGCACCAGUGCCCCAGUUGCAGGGGCGAGUUCGGAUGCCGGCGAAACGGUCUUGGCUGGCGAACAACUGCAGUCGCAGUCGGAUAUUGAGCUUGAUCUGCAGGCGGCGCAUAUUAAGAAUGCCAAUUACCGCUUCCGUAUCACGGAUCAAUCAAAGAUUACCCAGUUGAACAGCUUUGGCGAACCAAUGUCCUUAGGUGGUGAUGCAGCUGCCAAUAAUGUACAAAUGGCAGCGGACGAAACGAUUGCCGCAUUGAAUGGCGGCGCAGUUGGCGAUGCUGCUGCUCCUGGAGGCGCCGAGGAGGGAGCGGCCACACCCAACUCCUAUUUGAGUGCAGCUCCGACGCCCAAGGCGCUGCGCCUCUUUAAGGAUGUCUACCCACAGGAUGACCUACCGCAGAUACCCAAGUACGAGCGUCUUCCAGCACCAUGUCCGCAGAUGGAGAAGAUCAUUAGCAUACGGCGGCGGAUGUAUGAUCCCACACACUCGUACGAUUGGUUGCCCCGCCUCAGCAAGGAGAACUUCAAUGCGGCGCCAGUGACCUGUUUUCCCCAUGCGCCUGGAUGCGAGGUAUGGGACAAUCUGGGCGUGGGCAUGAAGGUGGAGGUGGAGAACACCGACUGCGAUAGCAUCGAGGUUAUUCAGCCGGGACAGACGCCUACCUCGUUCUGGGUGGCCACCAUUCUGGAGAUCAAGGGCUACAAGGCCUUGAUGAGCUACGAGGGAUUCGAUACGGACUCGCAUGACUUUUGGGUGAAUCUCUGCAACGCCGAGGUGCAUUCGGUGGGCUGGUGUGCAACCCGGGGCAAGCCCCUCAUCCCGCCCCGCACCAUCGAGCAUAAGUACAAGGACUGGAAGGACUUCCUGGUCGGUCGCCUAUCCGGAGCCCGCACUCUUCCCUCCAAUUUCUACAACAAAAUCAACGACAGCCUGCAGUCGCGCUUUCGCCUUGGCCUGAAUCUCGAGUGCGUUGACAAGGAUCGCAUUUCGCAGGUGCGUCUGGCCACCGUCACCAAGAUCGUGGGCAAGCGCCUCUUUCUGCGCUACUUCGAUUCCGACGACGGCUUCUGGUGCCACGAGGAUUCGCCCAUCAUCCAUCCAGUGGGCUGGGCAACCACAGUGGGUCAUAAUCUGGCCGCCCCUCAGGACUAUUUGGAGCGCAUGCUGGCUGGCCGCGAAGCCAUGAUCGAGGUUCAUGAGGACGACGCCACCAUUGAACUGUUCAAGAUGAACUUCACCUUCGACGAAUACUAUAGUGACGGCAAGACCAACAGCUUUGUGGAGGGCAUGAAGCUGGAGGCGGUGGACCCACUCAAUCUCUCUUCUAUUUGUCCGGCCACCGUGAUGGCAGUUCUCAAAUUUGGUUACAUGAUGAUACGCAUUGAUUCCUACCAACCGGAUGCCUCAGGGUCGGAUUGGUUCUGCUACCAUGAAAAGAGUCCGUGCAUCUUUCCAGCUGGAUUCUGCUCUUCCAACAGCAUUUCGGUGACGCCUCCGAAUGGCUACGACUCGCAUACGUUUACCUGGGAGGGUUACCUACGCGACACAGGAGCAGUGGCCGCAAGCCAGCAUCUUUUCCACCGCGUGGUGCCCGACCACGGAUUUGUGAUGGGCAUGAGUCUAGAGUGUGCAGAUCUAAUGGAUCCCCGGCUCGUCUGUGUGGCCACGGUGGCGCGUGUUGUGGGUCGCCUGCUUAAGGUUCACUUUGACGGAUGGACGGACGAGUAUGACCAGUGGUUGGACUGCGAAUCGGCCGAUAUAUAUCCAGUUGGCUGGUGUGUAUUGGUCAACCAUAAGCUGGAGGGACCGCCGAGGGUGGCACAGCAGCAAGCUCCAAAACCUGCCCCAAAGGCCAAGAUACAGCGGAAGCGGAAGCCCAAGAAAGGAGCAGUCGGGGGCAAGACGCCAAACGAUAACACACAGUCAGUCAAAUCACGUACAAUUGCGCUAAAGACCACGCCGCACUUGCCCAAACUGAGCAUUAAACUCGAACUGAAGCCGGAGCAUCACAAUGCUGCCUUUUACGAGAACAAUCAACCAGAGGAAGACGGCGAGGAGGAGGAUCCCGAUGCAGAUGGCGAUGGAGAUGGCGACGGGAGCACCAGCCACAUAUCCGAGCAGUCGACCACACAGUCCUCCAGUGAUCAGAUCGCAGGAUCUGUCUGUGGAAGUGGUUCCGCUUCGCUGGUAACUCUCGCCACGGGCAGCAACAAAAUGGUAAAGAAAUCUUCCACUACUAAAUCUCCUGCGCCACCAACUGUGGGCCGCAAAGCCACUAGCUACAUUGCGAACUCCUCUGCGACGAAUAAUAAAUACAUUCCGCGUCUGGCCGACAUCGAUUCGAGUGAGGCGCACUUGGAGUUAGCACCGGAUUCGUGGAACGUAUAUGACGUGUCCCAGUUCUUGCGCGUGAACGAUUGCACAGCUCACUGCGACACCUUUAGCCGCAACAAGAUCGAUGGGAAGCGACUGCUGCAGCUGACCAAGGACGACAUAAUGCCACUUUUGGGCAUGAAGGUGGGACCAGCACUAAAAAUCUCCGACCUUAUUGCCCAGCUUAAGUGCAAAGUUAAUCCGGGAAGGUCCAGAUCACAUAAGACCAACAAAUCGCCGUUUUUAUAGUGCGUGGAUUUGAACUCGUUCAAAGCUAAACGAAGAAUGUCACCGAUGAAAACGCUUUUAUACGUGUAUACUAAUGCUUAGGCAUGUAGGAUAUAUAUAACGAAUAUAUAUAUAUAUACAUAUUAAAGUAUUUUGUUAGCACUGAAAAUUGAAACACAAACGUUGCCUAGAAUGGAUCGGUUAAUCCAUGAUACAAUUGUAUAACUAACUCAAGUCUCACUGCGCGUUAUUUUUUUACCGAUUAUAUCGUAAACAGAAGAUCGUAGCCGUACGCUCAUGUUAUAUCAGUCAGAGUUCUAUAUCAACAAUUGUAUAGAGAUCAUUGAAUUGGGGACAAUUACAUUUUUUUAAAUCAAUCAUAUUUCUAUAAACGAAAGAGUUAAAAUAAAUGAUGCAUACAACACACAUAUUUAUAUAGAUAUACAUAUGGGGUUUGUACAGCUUAGGUUUGUUAAUUGUAAAUAAGUUCCGACGCUGACCAUAGGCCUCACGAAUGUCGAUUUUAUAUAAAACCAAGAGCGUGAAACCAUCCCAGGAAAUUAGGCAGCAUGUCUAGCAUACAUCGUUCAGUCAUAAGCGAAGCGAUUGGAAGUCGCUCAUAGUGUGUAAGUAAGCUCCACAAUCCAGAUCGCGCUCUCUUCCUCGUUUUAUAACUUUCCGAAGUCACACGUCUCUUCAGGGACACCACGAAUAAGGCAUAUUUUUGAAGAAGGCAACCUUAAUAAUAGAAUAUGUAUUUAGAUAACACUAAGAUACCAGCUAAUGUCAAAAUACUUAAUAAAACCGAAUUCAAAAUUGCAA